GUGCAGCGAUCGGCGGUGCGCUGUGACCCUUGGACACAGCGGAUCACCGAUCACGGAAAGAGCCGAAGAUGUCGGCUCGGUCAUGUGAUCAGCUGUGUCCAAUCACAGCUGAUCACAUGGGACAUGUACACUGAUCAUCAGGGCACUGAUGAUCAGUGUGCCCUGAUGAUCAGUGUAGCCCCAGCAGUGCUACCUGUCAGUGUCCAUCAGUGCCUUAUGUCAGUGCCUCGUGCCAGUGCCCAUCAGUGCCACAUAUCAGUGCACAUCAAUGCCACAUGUCAGUGCCCAUCUGAGCUGCCUUUCAGUGUCACCCAUCAGUGCCAGUCAAUGCCACCUAUCAGUGCUGCCAAUCAGUGCCGCCUAUCAGUGCCAUGUAUCAGUGCUGCCUUUCAGUGCCCAUCAGUG